AUGAGCUAUGGACACGGACAGGCUCCUGAAGGGGAGAAACCAGGCCAAGCCUUCCGCAUCCCCUCCGCCUGCUCUCCCCUUGAGGCUGCCGGAGCUGCUGCCCUCUCAGGCGGGAGAGAGGUUCGCUCUCCCCAGAAGCGGCCUUUGACUGAGGGGAAGCCACUGCAACUCUCCGAAGGGAUCACCCUGAGGAAAGACUUCACGCGUCUGCAGGAGCACGACACGACACGACGCGACAGAACCAGAAAGCCAAUUGCGGGCCACUGCACCGCUCUGUCCCAGGAGCUCCACGAAGGAGGAAUAGAAGUGGGGGUGGGACGAGAUGCGAACGUGGAGUGCGAGGGUCUCCAGGCGUCGGUCGGGAAGAGCCGCAAGUUCUCGCUGGGAAAGGGGGCUUGGGGAGGGGUGGGGAGAGGGACGGGACCACGCCGGAAAGCCGGCGGGGCGAAAGCGGAGGUGGGCCGGUGGACUCGGGCGGCGGAAACGAGCGGGAGCGCCCGGCGGGGAUCCCCAAAAGUUGCGGAGUCCCUAGAAGUGGAGUCCGAGAAAGAUCGCACUCCGAGCGCCUCCCCCGACGUGGCCAAGCACGCGUCGCCGCUGGCCCUCCUGGCGGCCACCUGCAGCCGGAUCGGGCAGCCGGGCGCUCCGUCGGACUUCCUCCAGGUCUCCUAUGAGCCGACCUUGGGCUCGCCGUCCCGGCUCUUCCACCCGUGGAGCAGCGAGAUGCCCGAGGCCGAGCGCCUGGGCCCGGCGGGGGCCAGCCUGCGCCGCAAGGGCCUCCACAGCUGCCACAUCCCCGGCUGCGGGAAGGUCUACGGCAAGACGUCGCACCUGAAGGCGCACCUGCGCUGGCACACGGGCGAGCGGCCCUUCGUGUGCAACUGGCUCUUCUGCGGCAAGAGCUUCACCCGCUCCGACGAGCUCCAGCGGCACCUGCGGACUCACACGGGCGAGAAGCGCUUCGGCUGCGCCGAGUGCGGGAAGCGCUUCAUGCGCAGCGACCACCUGGCCAAGCACGUGAAGACCCACCAGAACAAGCGGCUCAAGGCGGCCGGCGGCGGGGGCGCGCUGGGCCCGGCGGGGGGAGGCACCGGCCACGCCUGCGCAGUCAAAAGAGAGGAGCCCAGGGACAUGUGACCGGCUCGCUUUGCUGGGGGAGCGGGGGGAAGGACGUCUGGUCUUGGGGGCGGCCCCCGGGCCUAGAACCGCUGGGGUGCCAGGGAUCUCCUCCAGCUUCUCCUGGCAGGCUCUGGACCUUUCUUGGGCCUUUCUUGGACCUAGCAGUAUCCAGGACCACCCUCAUGGAGGUCUUGCAUCUUAUGAGGACCCUCCAGGAUGGAAGAGCACCACCCCUCACAAGACGCCUGGAAAAUCUUGAGACCAAAAUGGCUGACUACACAUGGUUGUGUCUCAUGGUUGUCAUCUCAUUUUCAAGGAGCAGCUGGCUGGACCUCUCAUAGGAACCCCCAAGAGACCCUUAGGCCUCCAGGGACUCUGAGCCUGCUCCUGGGUGAGGUUUGCACUCUCGCCUUGGAAGCCCCAGUCCUCAGGGACUAGCAGCUUUGUCGUACCAGCAGGUCCUCCCAAGUCUAUGAGAGGUUGAAACCUCACUUUAGUCUUGCAAGCUUUGCAAUUUUGUGGAUUUGUGAUACAUGCUGGGGAGAAUCUUCCUUCGCUUGGAUUUUCUGCCUUUUUUUGUGGUGGAGAAAAGAAAAGAUAUGCUGGGAACCCAUCACCUAUCUGGUCAGCCUCGAAAGACAGGACUACUGUGUUCUUGUGUUUGCAGCUGUUACCUGGCGCAGAGGAGAUGGCCUCAGUUUUGUUGCUGUUUGGAAAUACCUGGUCAAAGUGGGCUGGAUUACUGUUUUUUUUAAAAAAAUAGGAAUUGAAAUAGAAUAUGGCCGCAGUAGCUGCAUUUGCCCCCAUGACAGAGGACCUGUUUCCACUCACUGUUGAACUUUUUCAUCUCUCUUGAGGGAGAAAGACCAGCCUUUUGUGUAUAGCUUAUUUAAUAGCUUUGUUUGAUUUUUUAAAAAAUGUUUCCUUCAUCCCCCUCCUUGGCUCCCUUUGAGAACUACAGCAUGAGAUGUUUCUGUAAAGCGACCUACACUGAAACCGCUGCGUGAAAAUAAAUACAUUAACACGUGGGUCAUCUGGCGAAGAUCCCACUGAGUCCGUUUUAUUUGAUCCUUUCUUUCUUCUGAACCCUUUAUAAAAUAACAUGGUCUGAAGGAGAUCUGUUUUUCCUUGUUUCUUUAGCCUCCACAAACCUAUCUCCCACUUUUUAGGUGAGCACGUCAGUAGUUUGAAACACAACCUGCAUCUCCUGUACUGUUUUGUCAGCCUUUUCUAUUAAUGCAAAGAUCACAAUAAAGUUUU